UUGAACGCAUUAAGAAUACUUGAUCCAAAGCAAGUAACAGCUCAAGAAUGGAAAAAAGUUCUUAGUCCUUUGGAAUAUAGUGUUACUCGAGAAGGCGAUACCGAGAGAGCUUUCUCUGGAAAAUUUGAUAAGCACUUUGAACGAGGCAUAUAUAAUUGCCGAUGUUGUGGAGCACAGCUUUUCAGGUCAGAAGCUAAAUUUAACUCCGGAUGUGGAUGGCCAGCUUUUUCAAAGUCAGUGGAGAAUGAUUUGAACAUAGUAAGGUUGAAAGACACUUCCAUGGGAAUGGAACGUAUUGAAGUACGAUGUAAGCAGUGCAAUGCUCACUUGGGCCAUGUCUUUGACGACAAAACAGAUACUGGUGAACGCUAUUGCAUAAACAGUUGUUCGAUGAAUUUCGAGAAAACAUGA